GUUCAGCCAUAAUCCUUGCGGCUAGGGUUUUAAGAGCGCUCCUUCAGCUCUUUUGGACCUCUGCCGCCAUUUCUAGGGUUUCGUCUCGCCGGGGCCGCGCGCGCGAGAGAGAGAGCUCGACGAGGAGGGGAGCAGAAGAGAUCUCGAUCCGCUUCCAAUGGCGAGGAUUAAGGUCCACGAGCUCCGGGGGAAGUCGAAGGCGGAGCUACUGACCCAGCUGAAGGACCUUAAGGCGGAGCUCGCCCUCCUCCGCGUUGCGAAGGUCACCGGCGGCGCCCCCAACAAGCUUUCCAAGAUCAAGGUGGUGAGGCUCUCGAUCGCGCGGGUGCUCACGGUGAUCUCUCAGAAGCAGAAGCAGGUGCUGAGGGAGGCGUAUAAGAAGAAGAAGUACCAGCCGCUUGAUCUCCGGCCCAAGAAGACUCGCGCCAUCCGCCGUCGCCUCACGAAGCACCAGGCUUCAUUGAAGACCGAACGUGAGAAGAAAAAGGAGAUGUACUUCCCGAUGAGAAAGUAUGCCAUUAAGGCAUAGAUUAGGAUAUUAUCUAGACUCUCCCCCCCUUUGUUCAAGUGACUGCCUUUGGCGUCCGAAUUUUAUCAUAUGUUUUAUCGAUUAUCAAUCCUGUUUAGCACUAUGAUUUGGGUUUCUGACAUUUUAUGGCAUACGAAAUGCAAGUCUUUUCCGAAAUUCAGAUAGAUUUGAUGUUC